AUGGCACGAUUAGAGGGUGGUGAAGAAAAUGGUGAUAAAGCUCAAGUCUGCGGGCCACCACGUCAAAGGAGACUGAAGUCAAAAUUCAAGCCGGAUCAGAUCUUUGCAUUGGCCGACACGGAAGCUUUAUCUAAGGAUCAAGAAAACGCCUCUAUAUCAAGGCAGAAUUCGGUCGUAGUUCUAUGGGAUGCCGAUAACAAAAGAACUUCUCCGUCUUAUGACGACGUGGUAACUUCGUUGAAGAAGUUCGCUGGGCAUUUCGGGGAGCUUAUUAAUAUAACAGCUUUUGGUACUCAUCUCACAUUCUCUGAAAGUGGUACAAGAUUAAUAGAAGCUGGCGUCCACAUUGAAAGCGUGGGUACAGCUCUCCAAGAAGCAGAUGCAGCUCUACGACGCGCGUGGAAGAAGUGGAAGAUGACACAGUUAGAGAAGGAACCUAAUCCUUUUGUUUGGUUAAUUCUAGUCACAGAUGAUGCAGGGUUUCGGUACAUGUUGAGGUCAGCCAAGAGAAGUGGAUUUGGAAUUGUGGUUGUGAACGAAUUCUUCACCAAACUCUCGUUGGAAGGGGAUUUGCGCAUGCCUUGGCCACAACUCAAAGCUGGAAACGAUAGUUUGGAGGGCAUAGUCGAUCAUAUUGUUGGCAUGUCGACCAUGGGUCGAAGAUGGAUAAGGGAGAAUAUGAUUACAACUCAUUUUGGAGAUGACGAUUCAAUUGACAAAGUCAUAUUAGAGCUUAGAAUUCAACUGAAGGCCAAAAACAUCAUGAGACAGGAAUUGUUGUUGAGAACAAAGCAGAAACGGUUGAUAUGA